AUUUAACCAGUGCUGCUUGCAUGGAAGAAUCAUUAAGCGCAACUUGCUUUAUGUAUUUUAGCCCCAGAAAGCUAAGAGAGGUUCUGCAUCGAGUAUCAUUUCUACGGAACGAUCAAGAUCCGACGGUGUAGAAUUCUUACCAUCACAAACUUCUGAACACCCGCCACUAGAAACCAAUCCCCAAAGCAAUGGCCUCCGUCGUCUCCCUCCGACCCCCCGCCCCACCUCCUCGCCACUCCGCGCCUCCCGCCCGCGCAAAAGUGAUUCUCCAAUGCCGAGCGCGACCGAUUCCACCAUCGGAGCAGAACGUCCGUUCCGAUGAAAGAACCCGUUUUAGCUUCGGUGAACGAUCUACAACCAGGAGGAGAGAGGCGUUGCUUCAGAUAUUUCUCUCUGCGGUCUCGUUUCCGUUUAUAGCUAACAAUGCUUCAGCUGAGACUGUAGAUCUGCAGCAGAGUUUUCGCAUAUAUGAGGAUGAGAUGAAUAAGUUUCGAAUAUCGAUCCCCCAAGAUUGGUUAGUUGGUACAGGUGAAGCUAAUGGCAUCAAGUCAAUCACUGCAUUUUACCCGAAAGGAACUUCUGAUUUAAAUGUCAGCGUCGUGAUCACUGGGCUUGGUCCAGAUUACACCAGAUUAGAAUCUUUUGGCACAGUAGAUGCGUUUGCAGAGAGCCUGGUAAAUGGAUUGGAUCGAAGCUGGAAAAGACCCCCAGGGCUGGCAGCGAAACUAAUUAAUUCUAAGGCAGCAAAUGGGCUGUAUUAUGUUGAGUAUACGUUGCAAAAUCCUGGGGAGAAAUGCAGGCACAUACUGUCAGCCAUUGGAAUGGCAUCCAAUGGUUGGUACAAUAGACUGUAUACAGUUACAGGCCAGUUUAUGGAGGAUGAAUCAGAGAAGUACAGAUCCCAAAUUGAGCAGUCUGUUUCGUCAUUCAGAUUGAUAUGAGAAGGCAACAUAAACAAAAUGGCGAUCACAGUUUUUGUGCUGAAGAAAUGGAUGUGUCAUGCCAUUUUCCACUUGCAAAUGUUGCUAGCUAUUAAUGGCUUUACUUCCAUUAUAAUCCUUACGCUCCCCGAUGAAGAAAUAUAUAGUAUGUUAUUCAGCAACGGGUAUAAACGUGUGGUAAGCUGAGGUAAUUUGGUUGGGUAACAACAACUUUUUUUACUUCUCGUUCCAUUAUAAAUGUGGAUCUUGUGGUCAUGGAUGAUGUAUCUCAAUCGUCAAAACAAUAGAUAAUACCAGGUUUGUGGAUAACA